GCCAGUUGAUCUGAAGACAUACAAUGAAAAGUCUAAGUUUUAAUCUCGUCAUUUUGGUGACGGUUUGCAGCUCGAUCAAGCUUCCUCCCACUUUCCAAAAAUGUGACAAAAGAGCAUCAAAUUUUGACGACUGCUUGGGAAAAGUCAUUCAUGACGCUCUUAACCAACUAGAUAAACCAUUCCCGGAAUAUGGUUUACCGAGUCUGCAGGAAGCAGAAGUAACACCAGAUGUCGUUGCAGAAUUUGGAAACAGCACCGACGGCUUAAGACAGAAAUUUAGUAACUAUAGAUUGUUUGGUCUUACAAAACCUAACCUCACAAAAGCUAGAAUGGAUUUUAAAACCAACACCCUAGUCUUAAACGUGUCUUUCCCCGAAAUUGUUUUCCGAACUGACUAUGAAGCGGAGGGCGCGGUUUUUGUUCUCCCUGUAAAUAUUGCAACCACUUUUGAAGGAUUGUUAGUAAAACCUACGUUUAAUUUGGUUUUUAAGUUGCAAGAAUACGAAAAUGAAGGUCGCUACUUUAAAGUGGUCGAUACUGAUUUUGACAUGAAUGCUGAAAAUUUUAAGCUAGAAUUUAAGCGGUUGGCUCCCAAUAAGCGUCUCAAUUAUGAACUCAAUGCUGCUAUAAACGAAAAAGGGGUGGAGAUUUUUGCGCGAUUUAAGCAUCUUCAAGUGUUUUUUGAGCCGUAUUUUGGCGGUUUGUUUGAUGGUUUGUUGCAGAAAGUGGAGAUCAAAGAAUUGUUCGACGGAGUUUAGAUUUAUUUUUUUGAAGAAAUAAGGUUGAAAUUAUUUCUGUUUAUGUACAAUGUCUGUAAAAUGCGAAAUAAACUACUAAGAAAUA